AUGGCCAAACAGAUCAUUUUAUAUAUCAGGACGGAAGCAGCAACCCCCGUCCUGGAAACGUUCCACGAUCAUAGAUAUACCUGGGACAAUGCAGGAUCUACCAACCCUUGGGCCCAAGGACACUCACAUGAUGACCAGGUAGACAAUAACACAAGCCAACUCGCGGCAAUGGCUAUUCAAGGACAUCAGACAGUGCAGGCAAUAGCACAAACACCGCCUUUCCAGGCACGUCCCUUCAAUCGUAACGGGCUGCGGGGUACAUACUCUUAUAAUCCUGCGACGAAAGUGACGUCCACCGUCGCCACCGAGCCAGUAGAGCGUAUCACGGAUCCAGCAUUGCUCGGGCGUGGCAUCUAUGCCCACCGCAUGUUGAUUGGCAAUCCAGGCGAGACGGAGGAACGAUUAUAUUCUACUUUCAAACUUCGCGAAUCGCCGGAUCGGUUCUUCAAGGUUGGCCGUGUAUUUCUGGUUCUGUGGGCUGAGCCAGCCGGUGAGUCAAAGACUCUGAUUACUAAACGCGAGCAAAAUGACCGUGGCAUGUCCACGGGGAACUUCGGCGAACGGGUCUAUUCGAAGGUGAGGAGAUUCGUCGUUAUUCGAGCUGGCAAAGAUUAUUGCAGCGCCUUGCCGAUAGCCACAUACGGCAACAAGGGUGUUGCAAAGAGAAGUGGAGUAAAGAAGGCCGAUCAUGCUAUCAUCUAUACCGGCCAGACUCCUCCUAGACCAAUGGAGAGCGAAGCGCCUCAACGCGGUGAGCAAGGCAUGCAACCGGUUGCAAUUCGCGUGGUGCCCGAUAACCCAGUCGACAAACUCGAUCCAGCUUCGCGUUUGGACUUCGGAAAGAUUCAUACUAUUCAACAUAAUAUCAAGGUCCGGCAACUCGGUAUGAUUCACGAUAACUCAAUAAGAGCUCUAAUGCAGCAAUUUCAACGGGUCUGGGCAUUGCAAGCUGCCCCACCCCCAACGGCUGGUCCGUCGUCUAAUCAUGUUCAUGAAGAAGCCGAUGCUGGGGAAGGGGAGGACGAUGAUGACGACUCGCAGCCUGACGAGGGCGAUUCAGAUGAUGAGUCAAAACCUAGGCGGACCUACUCCUCGCCCCCCACAAGCCCUGCUGCUGCCAAUACUAGAACAACAGCCGUCCCUACAAGCUUGCAGAUUUCCCAAGCGCAAGGUGUUCUGACCUCUUUUGAAACUCUGCGACGCCAGGGCCAAACGCCAGCUGAGGCGCUCCAAAUUCUUGUCCAGCGCUUUGUCAAAGCUCAACCCCGGUACUCUGCAGAGAGUGCGAAAACAUUCCUUCUGGACCGAUUGCAGCAGGCUCGUCGAGCGACCCAAGAGAGCCAGACUUACAGCCAAGGUAAUGUGCUACGACAAAGGAAUGAUCCAGCUGCUGCGCGUACUGUCCGAGUGAAUGAGGCAGGGGCGGGUGAUGAAGAUGACGUCAGCGAGGCAGAAGAUGGGGAUGAAAGAGGUGAUGAUGACGAAAGUGACGAUGCAGACGACGGGGCCGAGCACGAGGCAGAGGCCUCGGAGGAUGAGCACGAUGAUGAUAACGAUGACAAUGACAACGAUCCCGAAUGA